CAGGAACCAGCACGAACAGCCAUAAAAAAGGCUGUCUUCCUCCACAUCGCUCUGCUGGACACUCUCCUCUCAUUCUUUUGCUUCUGGGACUUUUUUUCCUGGUUUUUAUCUUGUCUACAUCUUGUUCAAAUAUACACAUUUAUCCUUCCAUUCUCCAGCUUUUCCCACCUCUUCGUGAAGCAACACCCUAUUUAUCGUUGUCUCGUGCACUCGCCGACCAACCCUGCACCUCCUCCCAUGGCUUCAGCAGACGUCGAAGCUGCAACUGCACUGAAGCUGCAGGGAAACAAAGCCUUCGCUGAACAUGACUGGCCUGUUGCGGUGGACUUUUACACCCAGGCGAUAGAGAAAUAUGACCGGGAACCUUCAUUCUUCUGCAAUAGGGCGCAGGCGCAAAUCAAACUUGAGGCGUACGGCUUUGCGAUUGCCGAUGCUACCAAGGCACUAGAACUCGACCCUUCCUAUAUCAAGGCGUACUGGAGACGAGCGAUCGCGAACACUGCCAUCCUCAACUACAAGGCUGCUCUUAAAGACUUCAAGGCCGUCGUUAGAAGGGAACCGAACAAUCGCGAUGCGAAACUGAAGUUGGCAGAGUGCGAGAAGCUCGUGCGUCGUAUCGAGUUCGAAAAGGCGAUCGAAGUCGCCGAGCCGCCGUCUGCGUUCGAGGAGGUGGAUAUCGACGCGAUCGUUGUCGAUGAUAAGUAUGACGGUGUUCGACUGGGGAAUGAAAUGACGCAGGAGUUCAUUGACGACAUGAUUGAGAGGUUCAAGAAUGGGAAGAAGAUCCACCGCAAGUACGUUUUCCAGAUCAUCAAGGCGGUUCGAGAUAUUGUCUAUGCGGAGCCGACGAUGGUCGAGAUUGGAGUGGAAAAGGGCACAAAGUUGACUGUGUGCGGUGAUACGCAUGGCCAAUUCUUCGACCUCCUGGAGAUCUUCAGGCGGAAUGGAUACCCGUCUGAUACACACGCGUAUCUCUUCAAUGGUGACUUUGUGGACCGUGGUUCAUGGUCUACGGAGAUUGCCCUUCUUCUAUACGCCUACAAGUGGCUGCGGCCUAAUCAGUUAUUCCUCAACCGCGGAAAUCAUGAAACAGACGACAUGAACAAGGUCUACGGGUUCGAAGGCGAGUGUAAAGCCAAGUAUACUGAGGCAGUAUUCAAGGUCUUCUCUGAGUCCUUCUCUGCCUUGCCCCUAGCUACGUUGAUCGGGAACAAGUAUCUCGUGCUUCACGGGGGACUUUUCUCAGACGACAAGAUCACCCUGGAUGAUAUUCGCAAGCUGAACAGGCACAACCAACGACAGCCAGGUCAGCAGGGUCUGAUGAUGGAGAUGCUCUGGACCGACCCACAGCCACAACCAGGACGUGGGCCGAGCAAGAGAGGUGUCGGUUUGCAGUUCGGUCCAGACGUUACCAAGCGUUUCUGCGAAAAUAACGGUCUCGAGGCAAUCAUCCGUUCGCACGAAGUCCGCAUGGAGGGCUACGAGGUUGAACACGACGGACGCUGCAUCACCGUCUUUUCCGCUCCCAAGUACUGCGACACCACCGAAAACAAGGGCGCUUAUAUCAACAUUGGGUCGGACCUUAAACUCGUAUAUGAAGUUUUCGAGGCAGUGCCUCAUCCAAAUGUCAGACCAAUGGCUUACGCCCAAAACUCGAUCUUGUCAAUGAUGUGACCCAUUAUCGUUAUCUGUUGUAUGAUAUAUCUCUUUUGCGCGCGGGUUGGCGUUCGCGGAAAUUUCUCUUAGAUCAGCAAAGAAAUGAGAGCCGAAAAGCAGUGCGCUUCUGACUGAUGAUAUGCCAUAUGACAUUGGGAAAUCUGGAUAUUUGUCGUCUAUUUUUUGCUCCAUUAAUUUUAUAUCUGAGGCUCACGAUGUUGCUGUAUCUCUCAAUGGUAUAGGUUCAGUGGCUUUCUUGAUUUUACAUAGCAGGGGGAGUAUGAGAAACGAGGGUUACGAGGGAUGACAUGAGAACGGCAUUCCAAAUGCUCCAGGACUAGACGAAUGCAACGAUAGAAUGUCCAG